GGUUGCCUGGCUGAUAUUGCAACAGCUGCGCUUGUGAAUGUGUACUGAGUAGCCUAUAUUUCGUUCAUUUAGGUAAUUGUAUAUUUCUUAGAAAAUGGAAAACACUGGAGAGACUCAAAACAGUUCCGAAGAAAAGAGCACUAUCUCUGCAUCAAAAAGAAGGGCAGAAAUCCGGAGGCGAAAAUUGCUGAUGAACUCUGAAGACAGAAUGAACCGGAUAAUGGGGUUUAGCGGCAGUAAAAAGGACAGUGUAGACAGCGAGGUUGAAAAAAGUGUGGCUGAGCCCAGAAUCCAUCUGGACCUGGAGAAACCUGAGACCUGGCUGUCUUCAGUCCCUUCCAAGAGACAGUCCCCUCUCUCCAGUGAGGUGGAAAGCACAGAGAGGAAGUGUUCACCUGUGCCGGAGAGCAGGGAGGCUCUGGGGAGCCUCACGGAGGAGGGGGGCGCAGCUGAGCUCAGACAGAGGUCACGGGGAGAACAGCCAGCGGAUGGCCACGGGGGGCUUCAGCAGUACCUGUCCCGCUUCGACGAGGCCAUGAGGUUACGCGAGCAGCUGGCCAGUGAGAAGCCUGCACAGGAGAGCAGCUCAGGUGCAGAGGAGCUGGACGCUUUUCGCCUCUUCCGGCUCAUCGGCAGUGUCGUUCUCGCCAUCAUCGUCCGUGUGUUCGUGUGCAUGUACCUGUCCAUAUUUGCUCCGUUUCUUACCCUCCAGCUGGCCUACAUGGGGUCCUACAAAUAUUUUCCAAAGGGCGAGAAGAAGACAAAGACCACAGUGCUGACCGCCGCCCUGCUGCUGUCCGGAAUCCCGGCCGAAGUUAUCAACCGCUCUAUGGACACAUACAGCAAGAUGGGUGACGUUUUCACCGACCUCUGUGUUUACUUCUUUACCUUCAUCGUAUGCCACGAGGUACUCAUCCUGUUUGGGUCCGACAGCCCCUGAAGGACGGGGCCUGCACGGCUGUCACUUGUCAUCCUGUAGGUGAUGUGGUCAAACAUACCUUCCACCCUGCCUAACCCAAAGACGCCCAACUGGACUGUACAUCCGUUACUUUCAUAACUGCUUUCGACUGUCAUAAACACAUUGCUGCACUACAAGGAAAAACCAUGCAACACCAAGACAUUAGAAAAACAUGCUCUGAUACACGUAUAGGUAUACCUCAGUUAAUUAAAUAAAUGCAUUCCAUAUGGUCAUUUUCUUGUCAAAUUUAUAGAUCUAGAUAAUGGUGUAUAGGGAUGCACUUUAAACAUAAAGUAAACGUUUACUUAUUAAGUUUACUAGCAUGUAUUGAACCUACAUUAGCUAAGAUGCAUAAACAUGCACUCCUCUCAGAACUAGCACUACUGUGAGUGGCUCAGAACUAGCCACUGUCCUUGGCUCCAGCUCUUAAUGUCGCUUGCAUUCUGCUGCAAAGACUUCACCUUUUCUCCUUGGUUUAAAAUGGAUUUUAAUGUUAGCUGUGCUAACCUAAAUGACUUUACUUUAUGCAUUUCCCACCUCUGCCCUCCUUACAAUCUGGGUUU